UGUUAGGGCUUCGAUAAUUUCAUGAAAUUUGUACUACACAACAACUUCUAUAUUCAUAUCGAUCGAGAUCUGCUAACAGUAACAGCAACACAACUUUUAAACAUGUAGAUUUUUAGGCGGCAGUGAACUUCCAAGAGAAAUUUAGAAUCCAUUUUAAUUGUUGAUAACAAACAGCAAUUUCCGUGAAUUUGCGACUGUAGCUGUAGAAACAAUGAAUUAACUGCAACAGACCCAUGCGCCGAUGAGUUUACGUGCACACUUUCAGAUCGAAACAAAGCGUAGAUAACCGGCGUGAUAAGGCCGUUAUUGUCUUAUCGAUGUCCCCACAUGAAUGACCACCGCACUGGAUGGAUGGCAAACGCACUCAGUCGUCGUUAGUCAUUUGCAAAAUCUAUAAAUCAAAUAACUACAAAACCCACUUCAAUUGACGAUGCUAGAUCCGCUGGAAACCGCAGUUGUCAUCGAUAAUGGAUCCGGAUGGAUCAAGGCUGGCUUGGCCGGAGAGCAUGAACCGGCGGUUGUGUUUCCCACGGUCGUCGGUACCAGCGCCGAAGAGCAGGACGUCGUGGGAAGCCUGGAGGCAUCCAAGCUAGUGAAUCCAAUACAACUCGGUCGGAUAACCGAUUGGGAUAGCAUGGAAAAGAUUUGGCAUUACACAUUCUACGAUCAAUUGACAAUUGCUCCGGAGGAACACCCGGUCCUGCUGAGUGACGUACCACUCAAUCCGAAGGCAUACCGCGAGAAGAUGACACAAAUCAUGUUCGAGUCGUUCAGCUGCCCAGCUGUACUCAUCGAAAAUCAGGCAGUACUUAGUUUAUAUGCUUCGGGACGCACAUCAGGAAUUGUAUUGGAUUGUGGACACGACGCAACGUAUGUUGUCCCUAUUGAUAGGGGUCACACAUUGACACAAGCCAUCGAAAUAAUAACCGUUGGGGGUAGCAAAUUGACAGAUUACUUGGCUAGUUGUCUAGCCGAUAAAGGAAUAACUCGGCUGACUAACGAAACAGUUCGAAAUAUCAAGGAGAAGCUGGGGUUCGUGGCUCUUGACUUUGAAAAGGAAAUAUCUACGGCAUCGGAAAUGUACUUUCAACUACCCAACGGCAGAAGCAUCACCGUAGGACAGGAGAGAAUUCGCUGUACUGAGGUUCUCUUUCAACCGUCACUCGUAGAUUUAGAAACUUCGGGCAUUCAUCAGGCAUUAUUUAAUUCAAUUAUGAAUUGCGACAUCGAUGUCCGGAACGAACUGUUUGCCAAUGUAGUGCUUUCCGGUGGUUCAACCAUGUUCGGUGGAAUGGCCAAUCGGUUGGAACGAGAACUACGGGCGCUAGUAGCCCCGGACGCAGUUAAGAUCAAGGUGAUUACUCCUGCGCAACGCAUAUACUCGGCUUGGAGGGGUGGUUCAAAUUUGGCAUCGCUGGCCGGCUACCAAAACCUGUGGAUCACAAGAGAAGAGUACGACGAUUUUGGAUUGGACAUUGUGCAACGCAAGUGUCUUUAGAUUUACAUUAUUUUACAUGAAAUACAGCAUGCUUUCAUGUGUGU